CUAAAAAAAAAAAAGAGUGGGGGGGGGCGCAUCCCACCAUUUCCAGAGUUACAACAACUUCACCGUCCUGGUGUUCUGAUCUGUCCGGCUGACCGUGGCUGCAUACAGGGAAAACCGGGAACUGAGGGAACUAAAACAGGGACGGUGCCAGCAGAUUAGGUGUUGUGUCAGUUUUGCGGACGGAAGAAAAAGGCGACAUUUCCCCGGAGGAACUCUCCAAGUGUUGGAAACUUCCCAGCGCAGCAUCGAUCGAAGACCUCCCGCCCACUUUACCUCUGAUCCACAAUAGGCUACUGGAAGGGGGAGAGAGAGAGAGUUCUGCAGCCGCUGCGGUGGAUGGAGCAACAAAGGCUAGAUGGUUAAACGAGAAGAGCUGCUUUGACAAGAACCCAACUCUCCUUUCUCUCCUCGCCCGCUGUUUCCUAAAAGACUCCCAUCACCUAAACGGCAGCUCUGCAGCCGCUUGGAUCUCAUUUUGGGGACCCGGCCAGGUUCUACUUAGGGCAAACUCUCCGCCAGCCAGGGAGUCGCUGCAGACGUGAAAUUGAUGCUUUGGUACGGCGAGGCGCACCACCGAUCCUCUAGUUUUGCGAAAGUGUGCUACUGCUCAUUGAGAGAGGUAGACUAGUUGGGGGGCCGAAGUGGGAUUUGCAGAAGUUGCAUGCGUGGUCUUUGUCGUCUCGAGUGAGCCCUAUCCAUCCACUCUCGGGCUUCCAGAGAAGAUCCGGAUAGUUGAGGUGCCAUGGCGAUGUGUGUGGGGAUAUGGAUACUCCUGUUGGCGCUGCACAUCCAAGCUGGCAACGGACAGAUGGUACAGAUGGACCCCAGUAAGUCUGGCUUUGUGGGUUCGCAAGUGGAGCUGCGCUGCAUUUUCAUCAACAGUAACCCGCCAGUCAAGAUCUCUCAAGUCACCUGGCAGAAGCUGCUCAACGGCACCAAACAGAACGUGGCCAUAGCCAACCCGGCCCUCGGCGUGUCAGUCCUGCAGCCCUUCAAGGAGCGGGUCAGCUUCAAGCAGGCUGCGGUUCGUCAUCGCACGCCCUCGCUGGAGGACACCACCAUCGUGUUCUCUAACCUGCAGCUGUCUGACGAAGCUGCCUACAUCUGCGAGUAUACCACAUUUCCUGCGGGCAACCGGGAGAACAUGGUCAACCUCACUGUAUUUGCUCGGCCCAUGACACGUAUGACCUUGACGACGCCCACGAUUGUGGCCAGGCCUCAGAAACGCAAGAUGACCGUCGCCACUUGUGUAUCGGCCAAUGGCAAGCCCCCGAGUGUGAUCAAAUGGGACACCAGGUUGAAGGGCGAAGCCACUUUCCAGGAGACCCGCAACCAAAAUGGGACGGUGACGGUACGGAGCAACUACGUGGUGGUGCCCAGCCGCGAGACCCACAAACAGAGGCUCACGUGUAUCGUGACGUACCGAAAUGAGAAGAUCACGGACAGCGUGGUGCUCAAUGUGCAGUAUGAACCUGACGUGAAGAUCGAGGGCUUUGAUGGGAACUGGUAUUUGAACCGUCAGAAUGUUCAGCUGACCUGCAGGGCCGAUGCCAACCCCCCUGUCACAAUCUACCAGUGGAAACUCUUGAACGGCUCCCUGCCCAGUAAUGUGGAGAUCAAGAACAACACCCUGUUCUUCAAGGGGCCGGUGACCUACGACUUGGCCGGCACGUACGUCUGCGACGCUACCAACGGCAUCGGGACUCGCACUGGCAUCGUGGACGUCAACAUCACAGAAUUCCCUAACAACCCGACAGAACGGAACGGCAGUGAGAUACCGGCGGAGCCGCACAAUCCAAGCGCUGCCAUCGGGGGCGCUGUGGGGGGAGUCGCCCUAUUGGGCGUAGCGGCCACACUGCUCUUUGUAUUCCUGCGCCGCCGCCAGCGCACCUUCAAAGGAGACUACAGCACCAAGAAACACGUGUUCGGAAAUGGGUACAGCAAGGCCGGCGGCCUGCCCGCCCAUCCCCCCAUCCCCAAGAACCUGCAGUACCCGGAUGACUCGGACGACGAGAAGAAACCCGCCCAGAUCGGCGGCCCCGGAGGGUUUGAGGCGAGUGAGCGCGACUUUGAUGGCGAAGCAGAGGACCUGAAGAGGCCCUAUUUCACUGUGGAUGAAGGAGAGAGCCGAGAUUAUGACGAGCGGACUCUGGCUUUCCAGUAUGACCCUGAACCUGAGAUAGCCGAUGAUAUGAUCUCUCAGACCGACGGCUCUGUCAUUUCUAAGAAAGAGUGGUAUGUGUAGUGGCAUGCAACAACCAAACCAAACAACCCCUUUGUCCCCCACCUGCAUUCCACCGCACCUUUCACUUCCAUCACAACCCCACCCUCCCAUUCGUCAAACUGCACCCGUCACGGUCCCUCCCCCCCUGACUCCCCCACAUCAGACCCCAUCCAACUAAUCUCUAUUAGAAAAUCAAGCGUCUAUUUAAAGUGCUAGCAACAUCAACUUCUCAGCACGACAGCAUUGGUAUCAGUUCCAUCAGGUGAAUGGGCAAGAAUAAAAACUAAGGUAUGUAAAAGGACUUAUUGUCACUGACCUACGAGGCCAGGGAGGUGGUUGGUUGAUUAAUACUGGUGUAUUAUUCUUUUUGUGUAUUUUUUUUUCAUGUUAUAAAUGUAUUAAAUGUAUAAAAAGAGACUGCAGGUUGAGGUUUUGCUGAGCACAUUUGUGAAAGUCCUACACUGGAUGUACGAUUUGUUUCUGCCUUUAUUUUUUUUGUUUGUCUUGGUUUUUUUCUAUUAUCAUUGACAUUUUGUUACUUUUAUGUCUUUUUGUAUGAUUUUUGACCAGAAAACUGAGAGUAUAAUGCUUGACAUAAUUACAGGUGGCGUUGUAAGUGUUUGUAAUUUUGUGGUCAAAUGUUUGAGAAAGAAAAAAAAAAAAAAAAAAAAAA